AGCAGCAUGUUCGUGUCUCGGCGUCGCUUCAUACUCAAAACGUGUGGAACCACAACCCCACUACAGUGUUUGGGGCCACUCAUGCUGCUUGUCGAGAAAUAUGCUGGAUUUGAUGAAGUUGAGGACGUUUUCUACUCUCGCAAGAAUUUCAAGCGCCCUGAUCUUCAGAAAAAUCCUCAUCGUAGUUUUGAAAAAGAAGUCACAUUUUUGGAUUCCUUCUUUGCCAAUGUUCCAGACAGUCCUAAGCCUGAUGUUGCAGGAGGCACGGCCUACUGUCUGGGCUCUCCGGCACGGGACUGUUGGUAUCUCUACACCCUCAACCCCACCUCACGUCACACUCGUCCUCGCGCCCCUGACCAGACACUGGAGGUGCUCAUGACAGACUUGGACCCCGAGGUGAUGAAGAUCUUCACUCAGCAAGGCGCCUCCUCCGCCGCAGAUGCUACCCAGAAGUCCGGCAUUGAUCUGAUCAUCCCACAGAUGGUCAUAGACGAUUACUUGUUUGAGCCGUGCGGCUACUCAAUGAAUGGGAUAACCAAGAAUGGUUGUUACAUGACCAUUCACAUCACUCCAGAGAAGGACUUCUCAUAUGUCAGCUUCGAGACCAACAUGCCCCAGGCUUCAUACAAGGAUAUCAUCAAUCGCGUUGUCAAUACUUUCCGUCCUGGAAAGGUCGUCAUCACUGUUUUCGCUAAUAAGGAGUCUACAGCCGCAGAGUUUCCAGCAGCUUUACAGCAGAUCCCCAUGGUCGGAGAGACUCUCCGUCGCCAGGACACUCAGUAUUGCCACCUUCACAACUACGAUCUCACCUUCGCCUUCUACUCCAAGUUCCCAAGCUGAGGCCGUCGGGACGCCCGCGGCCCCUGCUCCCAGUCUGCCAUCCCUCGUCCCCGACUCCUCUUUGCUUGGUGGCAGUACAAAGUCUCCUGAAUCCGUUUAAAAGCUGUAGAUAUCUUAAGGAAUGGUCACUUUAGCUGGGUACUGUUAUGACAUUUAAGUUUUUAUUGCCCCUGAUUUGUUUUCUGUAUCUCUUUUUCUGUAUUUUUCGUUCACCUAUGAGGGUGUCGCUGUUGAAAUGUGUCCGGCUUUCGCAGUCGGAGUUUGUCCAGAGCCUGGAUGUGUUUCUCGUUAAAGUUGUUUAGACGAUUACAAAUAAAAAUCAAACACAACACUACUGUUUUUUGUUAUUUUUUUACUAUUGACUCAUUUAAGUAAAGAACUUUAGCAAAAACACGGUUUCCAGGCUUCUGAGAAAACAAAUUUAUAAAAAUUAACGAUUAAAAAUAUAUAUUGCGAUGCAGAAAUUUUUUAUAUUGUAGGACAACACACGUGUUAAAAAAUAAAUAUUUAUGGUAUGACAAAUGUGGCAUUUAAGUUUGCUUGUCGACGUAUAAAUUUUAACUUUUUUUGUUAUUUUGUUAGUGCUAAUAUUUAUUGCCCUAUUAUAUUUAUUGAUUAGGUAAAUAUGAUAGGUAGCGGCUAGAAGUUGCUCUAUAUUAGAGUGAGUUUUGUCUGUAAGCAGACUUAUUUCCAAAGCUGUGGCACAAUUUGCAAUAAACAGGUAAUUUACAAAAUUGUUAAACUUUAAUCCUACUGAUUAACCAAUGUAUAAUGAUUAUUUAAACAGUUAUAAAACCUACUAAUAAAAAUAGUCUGAUUUCAGGUAAAUUUUUCCCGGGUCUAGGUCUUACCAUGACACCUAUGGUAAUAGCUUAUUUCCUAUGUGGGAAAUCCACUUAAGGUAAACAUUCCAGUUCAAAAAGAAAAUUCUAAAAAUUUUUAGGAACCUCUUCAAUAUUUUAAAACCAACCGGGUAAUUUUGUGAACAUAUUUUAUUUAUUAAAAUUUUUUAUGUUUUUAUAGCAAUCCCACCUUUUCUUAACAGCUUUAUCAAUGUAUUUUGCUUCUAAUUAAUAUUUGUUAUUUUCAUCAUCUCCCAAAGAUGAUGCUUGGCGACCAAUCAAAUGAAGGCGUGUGCUGGUAUGUGUGCAGCAUCAAAUGAUUCACCCUCAAAGUAUGUUGUGAUUCUCUUGUUUUAUAUUGAUAUUAAUUUCUCUAUCUCUGAGGACGGUUAAAAGGAACCAAUAAGAAAUUGUAUAUUUUUAACUGAGACGUUUUAGUUUUGAACAAUGCUGCAUUCAUUCCUGUGUAGAUCUGUGAUCCUGAUAACUAAGGCUGUCUCUUGUGUGUUUACAUUAGUUAGUUAAGGAUAUUCAAUUAAGUUUUUACUCAUAAGAUUUUGUGCCCAAGCAAAGAGAAGUCGGUCUUCAUGUUUGUGCACAAUUAAUUUAUUAAAGGUUUUAAUUUUGCAAUAUUUUUUUCAGUAUUUUUGUUUUCACUCGUGAUGAAGGUUAUUUGUUUUUUAAUUUUAAUUACAAUUAUUUGUUAACAGUUUGGUUAAUGUUAGGACUAGGUACGGCAACUGGAAAGACUGGGUCAGCCUGAUAAUUAAUUAUUAAUCAUUUGUAGUUUUUAAUGUGUUUUUUAUCGGAUUGUUUGAUUUUUCUGUUUUUAUUGUUGUGGAUUCUGUGUACUCGGUAGUUGUAUAUUUUCUGAGUGUUAUUACAGUUAGGAGUGAGGAUAAGUCACCCUUGAAAGAUGAAUAUUUAAGAUGUAGGUAGAAAUGCACAAACUGUGAACCUAUGUGGCAUCUAUAUUACUCCAGUCCUUGUCCACAAUGUAUGUCUAUGGCAGAAUUUAUCAAUAAAUAUAUUUAUCCUCUAA